AUGACCCCCCCCAACCCUGAGCCCGAGGCCUCCCAGAACACAGAGGCUAGCGAGGUGCGGAGGGCCCGGGCGCCGGAGCCAGUGCGCAGGCGCGCGGCCGCCAAAGGUGGGAGGGGGUCCCCAGGGCUAGCGGCCGGGACCCCGGUGUCCUUGCUCUCCGCGCCGCCCGUCAUCCCGGAGCACUGUGUGGGGGGGCAGAGCCCCGGUCGCCCGGAGGAGGAGGAGGCGGCACCAGGGGACCGGCCUGGCGCGGCCGGAGCGCGCAGCCGUACUGCGCUCCCAGAGAGCGCCCCGCUCCAGGCCCCGCCCACGUCGCGCGUAGGGGGCGAGGCCGGGCGGAGCCUGCGUCGGGGGCGGGGCCAGGGCAAGUCCGGGCCUAUAAAGGUGGCGGCGGCGGCGACGCGCCCGGCUCCUCUCGGCGGCGGCGGCCCAGGCGGAGGAGUCCGCUCUGGCGGUGGUGGCGGCGGUGGCGCUGUUCCCCGCGCGGUCCGCGGAGCGGGGUCCGGGCUGCCCGACGUGGGGUGGCGGCGGCACUGCGGCCCCGGCCCGAGCCCGACCGCGGGUCCCCUCCUCGGCCGCCCCCCGCCCGGCUGCCCGCCCUCGGGCCGCCCCCCGGGCCCUCGGUCCCCUACCCCGCUGGCGGGGCCCGGACAGAAGAUGGUGCAGAAGAAACCGGCCGAAGUUCAGGGCUUCCACCGUUCGUUCAAGGGCCAGAACCCCUUCGAGCUGGCCUUCUCCCUAGACCAGGCCCACCACGGAGACUCUGACUUUGCCCUGCAGUGCUCAGCCCGCCCUGACAUGCCAGCCAGCCAGCCCAUCGACAUCCCGGACGCCAAGAAGAGGAGCAAGAAGAAGAAGCGCGGCCGGGCCACCGACAGCUUCUCAGGCAGGUUUGAAGACGUCUACCAGCUGCAGGAGGAUGUGCUGGGGGAGGGCGCACAUGCCCGCGUGCAGACCUGCGUCAACCUGAUCACCAGCCAGGAGUACGCUGUCAAGGUGGGCCUGCUGUCACACCCUCAGGGCCCGGUGCCCUGGGGUCGGUGCUGUAGGGGGUGGAAGCAGGCUGUGGCAUUCCGGCUCUGCAUCCUACAGCCGAGAAAACCAGUGUUUAAAAGCGGCCACCGAGCCCUGAGCCCAGUUGGGAAUGACAGCACAGGUGACCCCCUGUGCCUCCCCCACCACGUCCAGGUGGCCAAAGACCUGCUACCAGAGUGGGGGCUUCAGUCACCACUGGGUGCCCUGGACAGUCCCUUCCUGAGUCGUCCCUGCGGGUUCAUGGCAGUUGUAUGACAAGGAUCAAAACCCAGUGUCAUAUCCCAGGGCCCAGAGGAGCUUUGCGUCUGGGGAGCCUCAGUGCAGGCCGGUGAGAGCGCCGGGGCUAGGCUGGCUGCCGAACCCAGGGCGUGGCCGAAGGGGUGGGAUUAGGAGCCUGUUGAGGCCCUGGUACUGACCCUGUGACCUUGCGGGCCAGGCGGUUGGAUCCCAUGUUCCAAGAAAUCUUCCAGGCUUCCCUCGUGACUUGGCACCGGGCUUCCGGACUGGGUGGGGUCCCGGGAGGGCUGACUGCCUGGGAAAGAGGGCCAGGUGUGCCCUGGCAAGCAUGGCUGGCCAGGGGCCUGUGGGUCCUGGUGGACGGCCAGGCCAGAGCCUUCCUCUGAGGAGGAAGAGGACGGGUGGCCAAGGUGGGGAGGCCACUGGCUGGGCUGGCCGGGUGCUGGGACCACGUGGGCAACAGGUGGGGACAGACGCAGUACAGUCCCUGCUUCCCGGGAGCCCCCAGCAGGCCAGGGCGAUGGUGCGGGAGCUCUGGGCCCCUGUGGAACACUUCUGCACGGCAGGUGUCCCUCUGAGCACGGCCCCUUCCAGGUGGCCCCACAGGCAGCCUUGCUUCGUGUCCUUGUUUGACAGAUAGGGACACUGAGGCUCAGAGGCUUAGGUAGACUGAGUCAUGCUGUGUAGUCUCUGGGGGCUCCUAACUGGUGUCUCAGAGACACCUCCCUGCUCAUCUUGCUGCCUUGACCCCAUGUGGUCAGCGCUGGGAUCUGGAGAGCCUGGGGGACUUCCUGGUGGAGGCGUUGUUGGUCACUGACGUCUGGGAGUUGUUCCAGCCAGGUGGCAGUGGGAGGAGAAGGUGUCCUGGGCGAGUCAGAGAGGCUAACCGCUGGUGCUGUGCAUUUGAGGAGUGUUGUUUCAUUCUGUGGGGACUGGGGUGUGGGCCCUCUGCCCUCAGUGGGCCAGUGCCUGUCGCUCACAGAGGCUUCCUUGGGGCUGCCUGGUGCCACGAGGCUGCUGGCGGAUGCAGAUCCCCAAGCUGGGACCUCAGAAGAGGCCCCUUCUCUGCCAGGAUGGGCUGUGCUCCCCUUCCUGAAGUCACAUUCUAGCCGGCCACCCAACGCGCAGGAUGAAGUUCAUUGUCUUUUCUUUUUUUUUUUUUUUUUUGAGAUGGAGUUUCUCUCUUGUCACCAGGCUGGAGCACAGUGGCAGGAUCUCGGCUCACCACAACCUC